UGGAUUUGUUUUCGUUUGAAUUGGAUUGUAGCCAAAAAACCACAUAAAGGAGAUAAACGGCGGUCAUACUUUCUAGAAAUUCACAAAAUAUAGUAAAAAAUGGUUAAAAAGAUAUUAAUGAUUUGUUUGGGCAACAUUUGCCGUUCGCCCAUUGCCGAGGCUGUCAUGAUUGACACCAUCAAAAAAGCCGGUGUCUCCGAUCAAUGGGAAGUCGAUAGUGCUGCUAUUGGUGGUUGGCACGUGGGCAAUUCUCCCGAUUCCCGGGCUUUAAGUACUAUGAAGAAACACGGUUUGCCAUAUACAAAUAAAGCGCGACAAAUUAAAUCAAAAGAUUUUGAAGAAUUUGACUACAUUUUUGGCAUGGAUUAUGAGAAUAUGGGCGAUUUGAAAGAUAGAUCCCCUAAAGGUUCUAAAGCGAAGUUAUUGAUGUUGGGUAACUUCGGUUUGCCAGAGGAUGAGAAAAUUAUUGAAGAUCCUUAUUAUCAACGUGGUGAUGCUGGCUUUGAAAAGGCCUAUCAACAAUGUGUUGUGGCAUGUGAAGCUUUUUUGAAAAAAGCUAUGGCCAAUGAAGUUUAAGGACAUGGUUCGAAAUUUUUAGAAUUACAGAUAAUGAUAUUAAGGAUUUAUGUUGAAUAAAAUGUCUUUUGGUCUGGUACCUUUUCCAUAAA